AUGGGGAAGAAGGAGAGCAGCUCUAUUAAUAGCUCAGUGCCAAUCUGCCGCAGCACUUUACAGAACGCCUUCGCCACCAUGACGGGAAAAAGGGCCUUUUUUAAGUGGGGCGUCCUGGCUGCAGAGUGGCGUCCUGACUCUAUUGGCAGUUUACAGUUUACGCAUGCCAAUUGGACUUAUGUUAAUACUGCUCCUCCCCCCUCCAGAGGGUGAGAGCGUUCAGAAGAGUAAACACAGUCUCCGGCUGUUGUUGAUUCUUGGCCCAUGGCUGCAGUGUGUGUGUGUGUGUGUGAGGCCCUAGGGGAAGGGUUGCAGACCAAACCGCCCUAACGGCAUGCUGCAUCAGUAAACAACUUCUGAACACAAUUCUACAAGAAUGUGAAGAGACUCGUUUCUCAGCGCAGACUGUUUGUGCAGCGCUUUUUGUUGACAAUUAGGGGAUUCUCGUGUGUAAGACGAAGGCUUCUUCCACCUCUGGUGUUAUCAACACAGCCUGUUAUUGUGCUGCCAUGAAGGGCCAUGUAAAUACAUAUUUAUUUUAUAUUACAUAUGGAGUGUUAGUUUUGGUGUGAAAUUGAAGGCAAUAAAUAAUUUUUUUCGCUCACAAUUCAUGAGGAUUUGCAUCAUCAUAACUAAACAGAAUAAUCACAUGGUACUGUAACUAUCCUGCUUUAGCUUAAUGUUUCACGGGUCAAUCACAUUAUAAUCACUUAGUAUGGAGUUUUCAGAGUCAACAUUGAGAGCGUUGUGUGGUGCUUGUGUGUUUGCUGGAAUAUUGUUAUUAACCUAUGGUUCUCUUGUCACAUCUGCAGGUGCCCAUACCUGGCAAUCCACCUGUCCCCUGCCAUCCCGGUCUUCGCUAUCCUCCUCUUCUUCUUCGUCAUGGCCAUGCUGCUGAGGACCAGCUUCAGUGACCCGGGGGUGUUGCCGCGCGCACUCCCCGAGGAGGCCACCUUCAUCGAGAUGGAGAUCGGUGAGUAGUUGACCCUACCUGUGUUAUGAUCAUCCAUGCGUCCCUCAUCCUUCCCUAGGCCCUGUCUAGAAACAACCCCUAGGCCAUAAUCCAUACAGUGCCUUCGGAAAGUAUUCAGACCCCUUGACUUUUUCCACAUUGUGUUACGUUACAGCCUUAUUCUAAAAUAGAUUAAAUAAAAAUCUUCAUAAAUCUACACACAAUACCCCAUAAUGACAAAGCGAAAACAGGUUUUUAGAAAUGUUUGCAAAAUUAUAAAAAAAAUAUAAAUACAAAUAAAAUACCUUAUUUACAUUAGUAUUCAGACCCUUUGCUAUGAGACUCUAAAUUGAGCUCAGGUGCAUCCUGUUUCCAUUGAUCAUCCUUGAGAUAUUUCUACAACUUGAUUGGAGUCCACCUGUGGUAAAUUCAAUUGAUUGGACUUGAUUAUGAAAGGCACGCACCUGUCUAUGUAAGGUCCCACAGUUGAUAGGGAAUGUCAGAGCAAAAACCAAGCCAUGAGGUCGAAGGAAUUGUCCGUAGAGCUCCGAGACAGGAUUGUGUCGAGGCACAGAUCUGGGGAAGGGUACCAAAAGAUUUAUUCAGCAUUGAAGUUCCCCAAGAACACAGUGGCCUCCAUCAUUCUUAAAUAGAAGAAGUUUGGAACCACCAAGACUCUUCGUAGAGCUCGGCCAAACUGAGCAAUCGCAGGAGAACGGCCUUGGUCAGGGAGGUGAACAAGAACCCGAUGGUCACUCUGAAAGAGCUCCAGAGGUCCUCUGUGAAGGACAACCAUCUCUGCAGCACUCCAUCAAUCAGGCCUUUAUGGUAGAGUGGCCAGACGGAAGCCACUCCUCAGUAAAAGGCACGACAGCCCGCUUGGAGUUUGCCAAAAGGCACCUAAAGACUCUCAGACCAUGAGAAACAAGAUUCUCUGGUCUGAUGAAACCAAGAUUGAACUCUUUGGCCUGAAUGCCAAGCGUCACGUCUGGAGGAAACCUGGCACCAUCCCUACGGUGAAGCGUGGUGGCAGCAUCAUGCUUUGGGGAUGUUUUCAGCGGCAGGGACUGGGAGACUAGUCAGGAUCGAGGGGAAAAAUGAACAGAGCAAAGUACAGAGAUGAAAACCUGCUCCAGAGCGCUCAGGACCUCAGACUGGGGUGAAGGUUCACCUUCAAACAGGAUAACGACCAUAAGCACACAGCCAAAACAAUGCAGGAGUGGCUUUCGGACAAGUCUCUGAAUGUCCUUGAGUGGCCCAGCCAGAGCCCAGACUUGAACCCAAUCGAACAUCUGUGGAGAGACCUGAAAAUAGCUGUGCAGCAACACUCCCCCUCUAAGCUGACAGAGCUUGAGAGGAUCUGCAGAGAAGAAUGGGAGAAACUCCCCAAAUACAGGUGUGCCAAGCUUGUAGCAUCAUACCCAAGAAGACUUGAGGCUGUAAUCGCUGCCAAAGGUGCUUCAACAAAGUAUGGAGUAAAGGGUCUGAAUACUUAUGUAAAUGUGAUAUUUUAGUUUUCUAUUUUAUCAAUUCGCGAAAAUGUCAAAUCUGUUUUUGUUAAGUCAUUACGUGGUAUUGUGUGUAGAUUGAUUAGGGGGGAAAAACAAUUUCAUCAAUUUUAGAUUAAGGCUGUAACGUAACAAUGUGGAAAAAGUCAAGGGGUCUGAAUACUUUCCGAAUGCACUAAAUAUACACAAAUAUAAACGCAAUAUGUAAAAUGUUAGUCCCAUGUUUCAUGAGCUGAAAUAAAAGAUUCCAGAGAUGUGCUAUAUGCAUGUGCACAUUUUUACAUCCCUGUUAGUGAGCAUUUCUCCUUUGCCAAGAUAAUAAAUCCAUCUGACAGGUGUGGCAUAUCAAGAAGCUGAUUAAACAGCAUGAUCAUUGAACAGGUUGACCUUGUGCCGGGGACAAUAAAAGGCCAUUCUAAAAUGUGCAGUUUUGUCACACAACACCAAUGCCACAGAUGUCUCAAGUUUUGAGGGAGCGUGCAAUUGUCAUGCUGACUGUAGGAAUGUCCGCCAGAGCUGUUUCCAGAGAAUUGAAUGCUUAUUUCUCUACCAUAAGCUGCCUCCAAUGUCAUUUUAAAGAAUUUAGCAGUACAUCCAACCGGCCUCACAACCGCAGACCAUGUGUAACCACGCCAGCCCAGGACCUCCACAUCCGGUGGCUUCACCUGUGGGGUCGUCUGAGACCAGCCACCCGGAAAGAUGAUGAAACUGUGGGUUUACACAACCGAAGAAUUUCUGCACAAACUGCCAGAAACCGUCUCAGGGAAGCUCAUCUGCGUGCUCGCCGUCCUCACCAGGGUCUUGACCUAACUGCAGUUAGGCAUUGUAACUGACUUCAGUGGGAAAAUGAUCACCUUCGAUGGCCAGUGGUUUGCUGAUGUCAACGUUGUGAACAGAGUGCCCCAUGGUGGCAGUGGGGUUAUGGUAUGGGCAGGCAUAAGUUACGGACAAUGAACACAAUUGCGUUUUAUCAAUAACAAUUUGAAUGCAAAGAGAUACCGUGAUGUGAUCCUGCAGCCCAUUGUCUUGCCAUUCAUCUGCCGCCAUCACCUCAUGUUUCAGCAUGAUAAUGCACAGCCCCAUCUCAAGGAUCUGGACACAAUUCCUGGAAGCUGAAAAUGUCUGGCCUGCAUACUCACCAGACAUGUCACCCAUUGAGCAUGUUUGGGAUGCUCUGGAUCGACGUGUACGAUGUCGUGUUGCAGUUCCCGCCAAUAUCCAGCAACUUCGCACAGCCAUUGAGGAGUGGGACAACAUUCCACAGGCCACAAUCAACAGUCUGUGCGAAGGAGAUGUCUCGCUGCAUGAGGCAAAUAGUGGUCACACCAGAUACUGACUGGUUUUCUGACCAACAGAUGCAUAUCUGUGUUCCCAGUCAUGUGAAAUCCAUAGAUUAGUGCCUAAUUAAUUUAUUAUUGACUGAUUUCCUUAUAUGAACUGUAACUCAGUAAAGUCAUUGAAAUUAUUGCAUUUAUAUUUUUGUUCAGUGAUUUGAAACCCAAAGUUAAUCAACGUAAUGUGACAUUUCUGUAGUUCUGAAAGAAUGUAGGAGUUUAAGGUAAGCAAUAUGGCGAGCAGGGAUGUAGCUCAGUUGGUAGAGCAUGGCGUUUGCAACGCCAGGGUUGUGGGUUCGAUUCCCACGGGGGGCCAGUAUGAAAAAAUACAAAAAUAAUGUAUGCACUCACUAACUGUAAGUCGCUCUGGAUAUGCUAAAUGGAUAUGCUAAAUGACUGAAAUGUAAAUUACAUCUAGCCUAUCAGAGGGCAAGGUGGAGCUACUAUCAUGCUGCUCAGGCCUAUCUAAUCCUUUCAGAUGUACAUGAAGUGCCUAAGGGGUAGGGGCUAGCGAAGUCUCUUCCGGACGUGGAACAGAUUUCACCAGGGGCCAAGGAGGACUGUGGCCCACCACCCGAGGCGAAUUAGGAACCAAGCAAAGUGUAAAGCAUUUUAGGGGCAUGAAUACUGCAGCAGAUGUGUGUGUAAUUCAGCAGAGUGGAGACCAGAGCCCCUGCCUGUUGUUUAAUUCAUUUUUGUUAUGCUUUAUGCCACUAAAGGUUAGAGCUAAUCAUCCAUGUGUUCUGAGCUCAUCCCUUAGUCAGACCCCUGCAUAGUUACCAACUUUUUCUGCAAUCUGAGGUGUACCAUUUUGAGCCUUGAUGAAGUCUAAAUUCAUCAGUUUGGCCCUCCAUGCCGUUCUCAUUACCUAGACAACAGUAGUAUGCAUUAAUUAUGAUGGCACAACCAAAUUGGAGGGUUUUGCAGACAAGCCCUUCCUAUGUUCCCUUGCAUAACCUAGCCAGAUGUGGGUCUUGAUGAACAUGCUGCACAUUGCUGCACUUCUAAUGGCCUUUGUUUUGAUAACCUGACCACUCCCUAGUGGACUAUCCACAAUUUUAGCCGCUCUUUCAGCCAGCCUCUCUUUCCUGUCUGUCUCUUGAGGGAAAAGCCUGUCUGCUCUGCAGUAGCCCUGCCGCAGCCCAACCCUCCCUCCCUCCCUCUCUAGCUGUUCAAUGUGCAGCCUCUGUCUGUGCAGGGAAGAUUCACAGUGCCCUUCAUGCAUCCCCCAUCCUCUCUCAUUACGGUCGAGAGGCUUGGGUGGGGGACUGGUCAGAGUUCCUCUCCAGAUGACAGAGGGCUGGAAAUUAUUGCCACUGCUGCAGGUGGUCCACUGAGAUUGCCUAUGCUGGCAGCGCUCCUUUUGACUCGAGUGUUCCAGUCAGAAUACAUAGAGAUGCAUGCUAACGGCUAUUGGGCUAACAUGCUAACGGAUAUUGCUUAUUGGACUGAUAUGCUCCCUUUGUGAUGGCUCUGACUCAGGCCUUCCAGUGAGACCGCAUAGAGAUGCAUGCUAAAGGCAAUUGCCUAUUAGUGUAAAAUGCGAAUGGCUAUUGCCUAUUCGGCUAGCAUGCUAAUGGUUAUUUAGCUAACAUGCUAUUGGCUAUUGGCCUAACAUGUUAAUGGUUUUAGGGCUAACAUUCUCAUCAUUGGGCUAACAAUAGCCGUAAUGGCAUUACUUAGAACAGCGAGGCCGUUCAGUUUGUGUGACAUGACCUUGUUUAGCACAUGGCGUAUUUUGAGCCAUAGAUUGUGUUUGGUGGUCUGCAGCAGGAUCCUGCCCUCAUAACCUAUUUUGCACUCCUCUCAAACUGGUCUUCCUCAUCGUACCCUAGUCUCGAAAAACCUGACCCUAGGCAACACAGUGACUAGGGUCAGGUUUCAAUUAUAUACUUUUUUAGCGUAGAGGAACUACGUCAUUGCCUACGUCACUACUUUAUCCGCUUGAAUAAAAUACAAAAUAGUAGCUAGUAAGCUGGAGAUCAGAGGUUAUUUUUAUUGAGUGCAUUUUGCAAGUGGCUAGUUAGCAUCAACUACCUUCACUAAAAUCACUGCAAAGGUUUUGCCUGCAAACUUUGGUUUUGAAUCGUGACGUUCUGGCAUGCCUGCCUCGUGAUUUAUUGGGUCGCCAGAAUAGUUGUUUUCAUCUUGCCUUUACACUCCCAGAAUGUAUUUUAAUGUGCCAUCUUUAGCCAGUGUGGCAAGCGGUGGGGUCUGUGACGGAAUGUGGGGGGGUGUUAAUGGGAGACAGGCAGGUAUGGAUGUGUGGAGCCCUAGGGCUCUAGAACCCAGGCUGCCUGGCAUAUUGAUAAAGGCCCAGCUGUGGUGCUCUGUCACUUGGACCCGUUAGUGGCUGGCUCCUGGAGGAAUACUAAUCGGAUGAGAGCCUAUCCUCCUGGAAUAUAUAUAAUGGGCAGACGAGGACCGGCUCUUCCCAAGGGACUGCGUGUAUGGUCUCGUUCCCCACUGGAGUGCUAGCAAGCUACAUUAAUUCAUUCACAAAGCAAUGGUUUUAAGUGGAAAUUGGUUUGAUUAACUUACUGUGAAUCGACAUUCUGAUUUGUUAAAAAGCCUGGUGUUUCUUUAAACAUGUUUUUGCAUGUGAUGAAGCCAUUUGACCACUGUCUUGUGUGCUGUACACUGUAUUGAUUUUUCCUGUACACUGUUGAGUUGUACAUUUUUCUUCAAUGGUGGUAGCAAGAUCCUUAAAAUUAAUUCUGCUUUCUUGCAUAGCCAUAAUCAUGCAAAAACUUUGGUGGGUGGUAUGGCCUCAAUGCUUUUAGAGCAAACUGUGUAAAUGUUUGAUUUGGGUUAAGUUAUGUCAUUCCCCCUGGCAGUAUUCAGUAAUGUUAUUUGAGUUAUUAAAAUAAACUAUAAGCGAUUUAUGUGUGUGUAUACAUACAUACAUACAUACAUACAUACAUACAUACAUACAUACAUACAUACAUACAUACAUACAUACAGUUGAAGUCGGAAGUUUACAUACACCUUAGCCAAAUACAUUUAAACUCAGUUUUUCACAAUUCCUGACAUUUAAUCCUAGUAAAGAUUCCCUGUCUUAGGUCAGUUAGGAUCACCACUUUAUUUUAAGAAUGUGAAAUGUCAGAAUAAUAGUAGAGAGAAUGAUUUAUUUCAGAUUUUAUUUAUUUCAUUACAUUCCCAGUGGGUCAGAAAUUUACAUACAAUCAAUUACCAUUUGGUAGCAUUGCCUUUAAAUUGUUUAACUUGGGUCAAACGUUUCGGGUAGCCUCCACAAGCUUCCCACAAUAAGUUGGGUGAAUUAUGGCCCAUUCCUCCUGACAGAGCAGGUGUAACUGAGUCAGGUUUGUAGGCCUCCUUGCUCGCACACGCUUUUUCAGUUCUGCCCACACAUGUUCUAUAGGAUUGAGGUCAGGGCUUUGUGAUGGCCACUCCAAAACCUUGACUUUGUUUUCCUUAAGCCAUUUUGCCACAACUUUGGAAGUAUGCUUGGGGUCAUUGUUCAUUUGGAAGACCCAUUUGCGACCAAGCAUUAACUUCCUGACUGAUGUCUUGAGAUGUUGCUUCAAUAUAUCCACAUCAUUUUCCUUCCUCAUGAUGCCAGGAAAAGGGGGUACGCUUGCAAGCCAAAGAACACCAUCCCAAUCGUGAAGCACGGGGGUGGCAGCAUCAUGCUGUGGGGGUGCUUUGCUGCAGGAGGGACUGGUGCACUUCACAAAAUAGAUGGCAUCAUGAGGAAGGAAAAUUAUGUGGAUAUAUUGAAUCAAAUCAAAUCAAAUUUUAUUGGUCACAUGCGCCGAAUACAACAGGUGCAGACAUUACAGUGAAAUGCUUACUUACAGCCCUUAACCAACAGUGCAUUUAUUUUUAACAAAAAAAGUAAAAAUAAAACAACAACAAAAAAAGUGUUGAGAAAAAAAAGAGCAGAUGUAAAAUAAAAUAACAGUAGGGAGGCUAUAUAUACAGGGGGGUACUGGUGCAGAGUCAAUGUGCGGGGGCACCGGCUAGUUGAGGUAGUUGAAGUAAUAUGUACAUGUGGGUAGAGUUAAAGUGACUAUGCAUAAAUAAUUAACAGAGUAGCAGCAGCGUAAAAAGGAUGGGGUGGGGGGGGGGGCAGUGCAAAUAGUCCGGGUAGCCAUGAUUAGCUGUUCAGGAGUCUUAUGGCUUGGGGGUAGAAGCUGUUGAGAAGUCUUUUGGACCUAGACUUGGCACUCCGGUACCGCUUGCCGUGCGGUAGCAGAGAGAACAGUCUAUGACUAGGGUGGCUGGAGUCUUUGACAAUUUUGAGGGCCUUCCUCUGACACCGCCUGGUAUAGAGGUCCUGGAUGGCAGGAAGCUUGGCCCCAGUGAUGUACUGGACCGUACGCACUACCCUCUGUAGUGCCUUGCGGUCGGAGGCCAAGCAGUUGCCAUACCAGGCGGUGAUGCAACCAGUCAGGAUGCUCUCGAUGGUGCAGCUGUAUAAUUUUUUGAGGAUCUGAGGACCCAUGCCAAAUCUUUUCAGUCUCCUGAGGGGGAAUAGGCUUUGUCGUGCCCUCUUCACGACUGUCUUGGUGUGUUUGGACCAUGAUAGUUCAUUGGUGAUGUGGACACCAAGGAACUUGAAGCUCUCAACCUGUUCCACUACAGCCCCGUCGAUGAGAAUGGGGGCAUGCUCAGUCUUUUUUUUCCUGAAAAAUUUGUGCAACAUCUCAAGACAUCAGUCAGGAAGUUAAAGCUUGGUCGCAAAUGGGUCUUCCAAAUGGACAAUGACCCCAAGCAUACUUCCAAAGUUGUGGCAAAAUGGCUUAAGGACAACAAAGUCAAGGUAUUGGAGUGGCCAUCACAAAGCCCUGACCUCAAGCCUAUAGAAAAUGUGUGGGCAGAACUGAGAAAGCGUGUGCGAGCAAGGAGGACUACAAACCUGACUCAGUUACACCAGCUCUGUCAGGAGGAAUGGGCCAAAAUUCACCCAACUUAUUGUGGGAAGCUUGUGGAAGGCUACCCGAAACGUUUGACCCAAGUUGAACAAUUUAAAGGCAAUGCUACCAAAUACUAAUUGAGUGUAUGUAAACCUCUGACCCACUGGGAAUGUGAUGUUAGAAAUAAAAGCUGAAAUAAAUCAUUCUCUCUACUAUUAUGCUGACAUUUCACAUUCUUAAAAUAAAGUGGUGAUCCUAACUGACCUAAGACAGGGAAUUUUUACUAGGAUUAAAUGUCAGGAAUUGUGAAAAACUGAGUUUAAAUGUAUUUGGCUAAGGUGUAUGUAAGUGUGUGUGUGUAUAUGUACACACACACACAAAGGUAUGUGGACACCCCUUCAAAUUAGUGGAUUCGGCUAUUUCACCCACACCCGUUUCAGACAGGUGUAUAAAAUCGAGCAUACAGCCAUGCAAUCUCCGUAGACAAACAUUGGCAGUGGAAUGGCCUUACUGAAGAGCUCAGUGACUUUCAACGUGGCACCGUCAUAGGAUUCCACCUUUCCAACAAGUCAGUUGGUCAAACUUCUUCCCUGCUAGAGCUGCCCCGGUCAACUGCAAGUGCUGUUAUUGUGAAGUGGAAAUGUCUAGGAGCAACAACGGCUUAGCUGCAAAGUGGUAGGCCACACAAGCUCACAGGGCGGGUCCACCGAGUGCUGAAACGCGUAGCACGUACAAAUCGUCUGUCAUCGGUUGCAACACUCACUACCGAGUUCCAGGAGGAGUAAUGGUCUGGGGCUGUUUUUCAUGGUUCGGGCUUCAUGGUCCCCUUAGUUCCAGUGAAGGGAAAUCUUAACGCUACAUCAUACAAUGACAUUCUAGACCAGCCAAACUCAAUUGGCCGACCGCGGUCCGGGUCCGGACCCAGAGAAGGGUAAAUCCGGAACGGAUAACAUCGCAUUUUGUUAUAUAAAAGUCAAUACAUUAUUUUUAGGCAGCUUUAAAAAUUCAACCGGGUGCAGCAGCCUCUUUAACUCAGCAACCUCUCUUUCUCGAAGCAACGCCCAUAUCUCCUAGUGCCCCGUCUAAUCCAAUUGCGUGGUUAUUUGCAAAUACAAGAAGCCGCGUCUUACCCAAUCGCAUUAAUCCAAAUAUCCUCUGUGGAACCUUGGGACAAGCAGGCAGAAAUAAACAAAGAUUUGACCGCAGUUCAACUGUUAAUAUCACAGAUAGGAGCUUAGUUACCAGUGUCUUUGUUAAUAUGGCUUGUUAAUAUGGCUGAAAACCAAUGCGCCUGAUAUGCAGUGAGUCCGUAGCUCUCUUGAAAAGUGCCAAUGUUAAGUGCCAUUGUGACACCAGGCAUAGUAAAUUCGAUCAGACGUAUCCCAUGAACACGGAGGUGAGAACAAAUAAGAUUAACCAACUCAAAUCCCACCAAAAUCCUUUUCAAUUCCCUGCCAGCCCAACAACAUGCAAUGGUGUUAUCACUGAGGAUAGCUUGGGUUUUGGGAAAACACAAAAAAAAAACAUUUUCAGAUGCUGAAUGCAUGUGUGAAGUUGCUGACACCUUGCUUGAAGGUAAACAAAAGAUGAGCUCAGGGAAGAAAAUGUGGCUUUGAAGGAGCAGGUUGGUGAUUGUGACCCUGUCACUUUCUGGGGAAAGAUGGUGCCUGCAGCUGAUGUCCCUGUUCUCAGGAAACUGGCACUAGACAUCCUGACCAUGUUUGGCUCCACAUACAGCUGUGAAUCAGCCUUCUCCACAAUUAACUUUAUUAUAAACAAGUACCUCACCAGACUCACCAAUGAACACCUGCACCAGUGUCUCAGAGUUGCUCUCACACCAUUUGUGCCAAAGUUCACAGCAUUGGCAGGAGACAAAGUGUAAUUUCUCUCUUAUGCAGGCCAAGGCCCAGAGUGACUUAUACAUUAAAAUUGCAUGGCCCACAGUGACAUUCUGUGCAUUCAGAUUAUUAUUUUUCGUAGACGACUAUGUUUGUUACUACACUGUACCACAGCACCGAUAAAGGACGAUAUCCAUCCGGACCUUUGCCACCUAGGGAAUUUGUGUCACUGGACCUUCUCAAAUAGUAGUUGAGUACCCCUGUUCUAGACGAUUCUGUGCUUCCAACUUUGUGGCAACAGUUGGGGAAGGCCCUUUCCUGUUUCAGCAUGACAAUGCCCCCAUGCACAAAGCGAGGUCCAUACAGAAAUGGUUUGUCGAGAUCGGUGUUGAAGAACUUGACUGGCCUGCACAGAGCCCUGACCUCAACUCCAUCGAACACCUUUGGGAUGAAUUGGAAUGCCGACUGCGAGCCAGGCCUAAUCGUACAACAUCAGUGCCUGACCUCACUAAUGCUCUUGUGGCUGAAUGGAAGCAAGUCCCCAAAGCAAUGUUCCAACAUCUAGUGGAAAGCCUUCACAGAAGAGUGGAGGCUGUUAUAGCAGCAAAGUGGGGACGAGCAGGUGUGCACAUACAUUUUGGUCAUGUAGUGUAUGUUAAACAGGACUAUAUACCCUGACACAGCAAGACACAUCGUCCCAGGUCCAGGCUAAUAAAUAACUGCUAUGAUAACAGAUCAUGAAAAACAAGGUUCAACUAUUCUGGUGUGUGUGCUUCCAACACCCUUCAUCUUUAUCCGCCAUUGUGGCUCCAAACUCACGGCUUCACUGUGUAGAUAUCCAACACAAUGGGAACCUCGAUUUCCACCGGCUUUGAAUACGAUACUUUGAAGUGGAGCUAGCAACAGGCAGUGGAGCUAGCAACAGGCAGUGCAAGAUUCUCAGAACAUACUCUACUAUAUGUGUGUCUGGUAGAGGCACUGUGGGUCAAUUGUUUAAGCUCUGGUUUAGUCUGGUAUAUUUAGUCGACUGAAAAUGUGUACUGAAUAAAAAUAUAAACGCAACAUGUAAAGUGUUGGUCCCAUGUUUUAUGAGCUGAAAUAAGAUAUCCCAGAAAUGUUCCAUAUGCACAAAAGCUCAUUUCUCUCAGAUUUUGUGCCCAAAUCCCUGUUCGUGAGCAUUUCUCCUUUGCCAAGAUAAUCCAUGCACCUGACAGCUGUGGCAUAUCAAGAAGCUGAUUUAAACAGCAUGAUCAUUCCACCGGUGCCCUUGUGCUGGGGACAAUAAAAGGCCACUCUAAAAUGUGCCGUUUUGUCAUACAACACAAUGCCACAGAUGUCUCAAGUUUUGAGGGAGUGUGCAAUUGGCAUGCUGACUGCAGGAAUGUCCACCAGAGCUGUUGCCAGAGAAUAGAAUGUUCAUUUCUCUACCAUAAGCUACCUCCAAUGUUGUUUUAGAGAUUUUGGCAGUACACCCAACUGGCCUCACUACCGCAGACCACGUGUAACCACGCCAGCCCAGGACCUCCACAUCUGGCUUCUUCACCUGCGGGAUCGUCUAAGAACAGCAGACGAAACUGUGGGUUUGCACAAGCGAAGAAAUUCUGCACAAACUGUCAGAAACCGUCUCAGGGAAGCUCAUCUGCAUGCUCGUCGUCCUCACCAGGGUCUUGACCUGACUGCAGUUUGGCGUCGUAACCGACUUCAGGUGGCAAAUACUCACCUUCGAUGGCCACUGGCAUGCUGGAAAAGUGUGCUCUUCACGGAUGAAUCCUGGUUUCAACUGUACCGGCCAGAUGGCAGACAAUGUGUAUGGCGUCGUGUGGGCGAGCGGUGUCAACGCUGUGAACAGAGUGUCCCAUGGUUUGGUUAUGGUAUGGGCAGGCAGGCAUAAGCUACGGACAAUGAACACAAUUGCAUUUUAUCAAUGGCCAUUUGAGUGCACAGAGGUACCGUGACGAGAUCCUGAGGCCCAUUGUCGUGCCACUCAUCUGCUGCCAUCACCUCAUGUUUCAGCAUGAUAAUGCAUGGCCCCAUGUCGCAAGGAUCUGUACACAAUUCCUGGAAAAUGUCCCAGUUCUUCUAUGGCCUGCAUACUCACCAGACAUGUCAUCCAUUGAGCACGUUUGGGAUGCUCUGGAUAUACGUGUUCCAGUUCCCACCAAUAUCCAACAACUUCGCACAGGCCACAAUCAACAGCCUGAUCAACUCUAUGCGAAUGAGCUGUGUCGCACUGCAUGAGGCAAAUGGCGGUGACACCAGAUACUGACUGGUUUUCUGAUCCACGCCCCCAUUUUUUUUUUUUUAAGGUAUCUGUGACCAAAAGAUGCAUAUCUGUAUUCCCAGUCGUGAAAUCCCAUAGAUUAGGGCCUAAUUUUUUUAUUUUUUUAUUGACUGAUUACCUUAUAUGAACUGUAACUCAGUAAAAUCUUUUGAAAUUGUUGCAUGUUGCAUUUAUAUUUUUGUUCAGUGUAAUUUCCCUGUGGUCUGUGACUCUUAAAUGUGACCAUCAUCCUUGAUUAAGACAUGACUGAAUCCAAAUUAUAGUUAUUCUUGGUUAAAAGGGAAUUUAUUCCAAGAGUAGGCUAAAGCUGUAUUUGUGAAACUUGCACUUCACAUUAUGACAAUGAAUAGAUAUGACUCCAUUGUUGACUAUGAGUAUAAACCAAAAUGGCCGCCUUUUGUUGAUGUCUCCUUUCCCUCCGUUUUCCACAGAGGCGACCAAUGGGAACGUCCCGGCCGGGCAGCGGCCUCCACCUCGGAUCCGCAACGUCCAAAUCAAUGGGCAGAUCGUCAAACUGAAGUACUGCUACACCUGCAAGAUCUUCCGACCGCCUCGCGCCUCACACUGCAGUAUCUGUGACAACUGCGUGGGUAAGGAAGAGCACUCUUCCCCCUCCUGCUCCCUUCAGUUUAAUUCAUUUUGUUGUUGUUAUCAUGAAAUAAUUUACUCCGAAACUGUGUUGAGAACUAGCUUUUCUUUUAUCAGCGUGUGAAGAACACAUUCUGCUGAUACGUUUUUAAAUGUUUGCUCAAGACUUGACCUUACCUACAUUGAUUUGUCAGUGUUUUUUAUCAAGUUUUAUUGGAAAGAGUUUUAAUCUGAAGUUCUAAUGAAAAGUUCUAUAUCAUGAGAUGAAAGUGUGAUAGACAUUUCAUAGCUAAUGGGUUUCCAGUUGGGUUUUGGAAUGCUGGCAUAUUUCUCGUUGUCCAGUUCUCUACAAAGACUCUUUGGAAUGUCAUGGACUGUUGCUUGAGGACAGUCAUGACUGUACAUGAACAUGUCAAGCUCUGCAGAAUAACAGUAAUUUGGCCAGCGAUCAUUGAGGCAUGCCUUUGUUCUGUGAGGGUAGCCAUCGGUUAUUGUUUAUGACCAGCUCUCUCUCACACACACACACACACACACACACACACACAUCCAGAUACUAGUACAGAGUGAGGUUAGAGAAGACGGUGGAGGCUCAGUGUGUGCCUCUAUGCCCAGUCACAGUGGAACACAAGGCCGUCUGUGUGGGGCCAGUGCACCUGCUGCAGUCUGUCUGGGUCACACCCCCCCAUCAUGACACAGCAGCCUGGGACAGACAGCCAGCUUGCCUCCUUACAGGAUACUCUGCACUAAGGGCUCAAUACAAUCAAUGAAUCAAUGAAGGGAGAGGGUUUUAUGUACAUCCAGCUUUGCCCAGGAGCUAGACAAAACAAAAAUACAUUACUUCUUCCUCGGUGCAAUCAAGUCUGUGUUGCAGUAUUUCACUGAAUUAAAAAAUAAAUUUUUCUUAUAUUUGGAAUAAAACUAGUGGGUGCGGUUAUUUGCUGGAAGGAAGGCGUUUUCCAUGGAACUGCCCUGUGUGUGGUUGGCCAUAUAGUGCAUUCGGAAAGUAUUCAGACCCCUUGACUUUUUCCACAUUUUGUUACGUUACAGCCUUAUUCUAAAAUGGAUUAAAUAUAUAUAUAUAUUUAUACACACACACACACACACACACACACACACACACACAGUGGGGAGAACAAGUAUUUGAUACACUGCCGAUUUUGCAGGUUUUCCUACUUACAAAGCAUUUAGAGAUCUGUCAUUUUUAUCAUAGGUACACUUCAACUGUGAGAGACGGAAUCUAAAACAAAAAUUCAGAAAAUCACAUUGUAUGAUUUUUAAGUAAUUAAUUUGCAUUUUAUUGCAUGACAUAAGUAUUUGAUCACCUACCAACCAGUAAGAAUUCCGGCUCUCACAGACCUGUUAGUUUUUCUUUAAGAAGCCCUCCUGUUCUCCACUCAUUACCUGUACUAACUGCACCUGUUUGAACUCGUUACCUGUAUAAAAGACACCUGUCCACACACUCAUUCAAACAGACUCCAACCUCUCCACAAUGUCCAAGACGAGAGAGCUGUGUAAGGACAUCAGGGAUAAAAUUGUAGACCUGCACAAGGCUGGGAUGGGCAACAGGACAAUAGGCAAACAGCUUGGUGAGAAGGCAACAACUGUUGGCGCAAUUAUUAGAAAAGGGAAGAAGUUCAAGAUGACGGUCAAUCACCCUCGGUCUGGGGCUCCAUGCAAGAUAUCACCUCGUGGGGCAUCAAUGAUCAUGAGGAAGGUGAGGGAUCAGCCCAGAACUACACGGCAGGACCUGGUCAAUGACCUGAAGAGAGCUGGGACCACAGUCUCAAAGAAAACCAUUAGUAACACACUACGCCGUCAUGGAUUAAAAUCCUGCAGCGCACGCAAGGUCCCCCUGCUCAAGCCAGCGCAUGUCCAGGCCCGUCUGAAGUUUGCCAAUGACCAUCUGGAUGAUCCAGAGGAGGAAUGGGAGAAGGUCAUGUGGUCUGAUGAGACAAAAAUAGAGCUUUUUGGUCUAAACUCCACUCGCUGUGUUUGGGAGGAAGAAGAAGGAUGAGUACAACCCCAAGAACACCAUCCCAACCGUGAAGCAUGGAGGUGGAAACAUCAUUCUUUGGGGAUGCUUUUCUGCAAAGGGGACAGGACGACUGCACCGUAUUGAGGGGAGGAUGGAUGGGGCCAUGUAUCGCGAGAUCUUGUCCAACAACCACCUUCCCUCAGUAAGAGCAUUGAAGAUAGGUCGUGGCUGGGUCUUCCAACAUGACAAUGACCCAAAACACACAGCCAGGGCAACUAAGGAGUGGCUCCGUAAGAAGCAUCUCAAGGUCCUGGAGUGGCCUAGCCAGUCUCCAGACCUGAACCCAAUAGAAAAUCUUUGGAGGGAGCUGAAAGUCCGUAUUGCCCAGCGACAGCCCCGAAACCUGAAGGAUCUGGAGAAGGUCUGUAUGGAGAAGUGGGCCAAAAUCCCUGCUGCAGUGUGUGCAAACCUGGUCAAGACCUACAGGAAACGUAUGAUCUCUGUAAUUGCAAACAAAGGUUUCUGUACCAAAUAUUAAGUUCUGCUUUUCUGAUGUAUCAAAUAACUUAUGUCAUGCAAUACAUUGCAAAUUAAUUACUUAAAAAUCAUACAAUGUGAUUUUCUGGAUUUUUUAGAUUCCAUCUCUCACAGUUGAAGUGUACCUAUGAUAAAAAUUACAGACCUCUACAUGCUUUGUAAGUAGGAAAACCUGCAAAAUCGGCAGUGUAUCAAAUACUUGUUCUCCCCACUGUACAUACAUACAUACAUACAUACAUACAUACAUACAUACAUACAUACAUACAUACAUACAUACAUACAUACAUACAUACAUACAGUUGAAGUCGGAAGUUUACAUACACUUUAGCCAAAUACAUUUAAACUCAGUUUUUCACAAUUCCUGGCAUUUAAUCCCAGUAAAGAUUCCCUGUCUUAGGUCAGUUAGGAUCACCACUUUAUUUUAAGAAUGUGAAAUGUCAGAAUAAUAGUAGAGGGAGAUUUAUUUCAGCUUUUAUUUAUUUAAUCACAUUCCCAGUAGGUCAGAAGUUUACAUACACUCAAUUAGUAUUUGGUAGCAUUGCCUUUAAAUUGUUUAACUUUGGUCAAACGUUUCGGGUAGCCUUCCACAAGCUUCCCACAAUAAGUUUGGUGAAUUUUGUCCCAUUCCUCCUGACAGAGAUGGUGUAACUGAGUCAGGUUUGUAGUCCUCCUUGUUCGCACAUGCUUUUUCAGUUCUGCCCACACAUUUUCUAUAGGAUUGAGGUCAGGGCUUUGUGAUGGCCACUCCAAUACCUUGACUUUGUUGUCCUUAAGCCAUUUUGCCACAACUUUGGAAGUAUGCUUGGGGUCAUUGUCCAUUUGGAAGACCCAUUUGUGACCAAGCUUUAACUUCCUGAUUGAUGACUUGAGAUGUUGCUUCAAUAUAUCCACAUCAUUUUCCUUCCUCAUGAUGCCAUCUAUUUUGUGAAGUGCACUAGUCCCUCCUGCAGCAAAAAAAACCCACAGCAUGAUGCUGCCAUCCCCGUGCUUCACGGUUGGGAUGGUGUUCUUCGGCUUGCAAGCUACCCCCAGUUUCCUCCAAACAUAACGAUGGUCAUUAUGGCCGAACAGUUAUAUUUUAGUUUCAUUAGACCAGAGGACAUUUCUCCAAAAAGUAUGAUCUUUGUCCCCAUGUGCAGUUGCAAACCGUAGUCUGGCUUUUUUAUGGUGGUUUUGGAGCAGUGGCUUCUUCCUUGCUGAGGUGCCUUUCAGGUUAUGUCGAUAUAGGACUCAUUUUAUUGUGGAUAUAGAUACUUUUGUACCUGUUUCCUCCAGCAUCUUCACAAGGUCCUUUGCUGUUGUUCUGGGAUUGAUUUGCACUUUUCGCACCAAAGUAUGUUCAUCUCUAGGAGACAGAACUUGUCUCCUUCCUUAGUGUUAUGACGGCUGCGUGGUCCCAUGGUGUUUAUACUUGCGUAUUAUUGUUUGUACAGAUGAACGUGGUACCUUCAGGUGUUUGGAUAUUGCUCCCAAGGAUGAACCAAACUUGUGGAGGUCUACAAAUGUUUUUCUGAUGUCUUGGCUGAUUUUAUUUUGAUUUUCCCAUGAUGUCAAGCAAAGAGGCACUGAGUUUGAUGGUAGGCAUUGAAAUACAUCCACAGGUACACCUCCAAUUGACUAAAAUGAUGUCAAUUAGCCUAUCAGAAUCUUCUAAAGCCAUGACAUCAUUUUCUGGAAUUUUUCAACCUGUUUAAAGGCACAGUCAACUCGGUGUAUGUAAACUUCUGACCCACUGGAAUUGUGAUGCAGUGAAUUUUAAGUGAAAUAAUCUGUCUGUAAACAAUUGUUGUAAAAAUUACUUGUUAUCCACAAAGUAGAUGUCCUAACCGACUUGCCAAAACUAUAGUUUGUUAAGAAAUGUGUGUAGUGGUUGAAAAACAAGUUUUAAUGUCUCCUACCUAAGUGUAUGUAAACUUCCGACUUCAACUGUAUAUCCUCAUCAAUCUACACACAAUAUCAUGACAAAGCGAAACAGGUUUGUAGACAUUUUUGCAAAUUUAUUAAAAAUAGAUUUUGUUUAUAUUUACAUACACUACUAGUCAAAAGUUUGGAGACACCUACUCAUUCAAGGGUUUUUCUUUAUUUUUACUAUGUUUUACAUUGUAGAAUAAGAGUGAAGACAUCAAAACUAUGAAAUAACACAUUUGGAAUCAUGUAGUAAACAAAAAAGUGUUGGGUCAUUGUCCUGUUGAAAAACAAAUGAUAGUCCCACUAAGCCCAAACCAGAUGGGAUGGCAUAUCACUGUAGAAUGCUGUUGCAGCCAUGCUGGUUAAGUGUGCCUUGAAUUCUAAAUAAAUCACAGACAGUGUCACCAGCAAAGCACCCCCACACCAUAACACCACCUCCUCCAUGCUUUACGGUGGGGGGGGGGGGGGGGGGGGUAUAGGUGUGUCCAAACUUUUGACUGGUACUGUAAGUAUACAGACCCUUUGCUAUAAAAAUCUUCAUCAAUCUACACACAAUACCUGUGGUAAAUUCAAUUGAUUGGACAUGAUUUGUAAAGGAACACAUCUGUCUAUACAAAGUCCCACAGUUGACAGUGCAUGUCAGAGUAAAAACCAAGCCAUGAGGUCGAAGGAAUUGUCCAUAAAGCUCAGAGACAGGAUUGUGUCGAGGCACAGAUCCGGGGAAGGGUACCAAAAAAAACGGACAGAGCUUGAGAGGAUCUGCUGAGAAGAAUGGGAGAAACUCCCCAAAUACAGGUGUGCCAAGCUUGUAAAUUCAUACCCAAGAAGACUCGAGUCGGUAAUCGCUGUCAAAGGUGCUUCAACAAAGUACUGAGUAAAGGGUCUGAAUACUUAUGUAAAUGUGAUAUUUCUGUUUUUAUUUUUAAUACAAAUGUAUUAUAACCUGUUUUUGCUUUGUCAUUAUGGGGUAUUGUGUGUAGAUUGAUGAAAAAAACACAUUUAAUCCACUUUAGAAUAAGGCUGUAACGUAACAAUGUGGAAAAAGUCAAGGGGUCUGAAUACUUUCCGAAUGCACUGUAUAUGAUUUAGUAGUUGAUUAUCUACACAAGGCUCCUAUACCGUACAUCAACAGAUCAUAUUUCUGAUGGUUCUUCCUCAUUCCUGAUAUGCGCCAAUGCAGAAGUCCUCCACCUACAUGCUGUUAUCAUUUUCAUUUAAAUAAUGUUGUGAAACUAUCCAGGGUGUGUGUGUUGUCUGCCACAGGGAGAACAGUGUAAAGCAAGAUGUUUUGUCUGUAAAGCUAUCUGACACUGGAUUCACUCUGGUAAUAAUGAGACGGGUGUCACCAUAUUCAGACCAGAGGGAAUUAUAGGGAAAUGGCUCCUAUUGGCUGUAAUAACCGUGUGCUCGUCUUUGAGGGUUACUGACCUUUUGUAGCAGAGGACAUUGGCUAAUUAAUCUGCCCAAUUAAUUACUGGGGCUUAUAUAUAGUGUCACUCUCUUUAUUUUAUAGCCUGCAGUUUACUCUCCGUUAGUGAACACCUCUACUAACAGCUCAUGUGUUUUACUAUCUUCAAAACAUUUAACCAGCAGAACUUUGGGGAAUGGUCUAUCCUACGCACUCAGUGGUAUUUCCAAGUUAAAUUGAACUAAGUUUGUUUUUUGUGUCUGUGAUGGAGUGGCGUUUGAUCGCGUGGCCACAGAACCUCUUCCGUCUUUAACCUCAUCCCUCUCUCCUCUUCUCCACAGAUCGCUUUGACCAUCACUGCCCCUGGGUGGGCAACUGUGUGGGCAAGAGGAACUACCGUUACUUCUACCUGUUCACCCUGUCCCUGUCUCUGCUCACCAUCUACAUCUUCACCUUCAACAUCGUACACGUGGUGAUGCGUGAGUAUUCUCCUGGAGCUCCAGGGAGGGGGGUGGUGGGUGUGUAGCUUGGCACGCCGGAAUAUGACUGUUGUUCGCUACGUCUGUCACAGCCAAGACCACAGCGGAAUAUAAUACUAAAAGCUAAGGUAGGUCCAGGUCAGUUUCAGACCCUGACAGACUUCCAGACAGGGUGUUUACAGAUUGGUGGAUAGGAAAUUCACAGGUGUGCGGGAAGCUGUCACUAUUGACAGUUGAGGGAAUGUAACCGAACUGGAAAGGGCUCGCCGAGUGAGUGAUGUGGGCUAAAUAUGAUGAAAAGUGAUGAACCAGACCUAGAUCAGCUGUUCCUUUGAUCUGUUCCUAAAUGGACCUUUACAGACAGCAGGAGGGCAGGGAGAAGUGUAGAGCAUUUACAGUCAGGAUAAUUAGCUCCAGGCAUGUGAGCUUAAUUCAAGCCGCAGCCAGCGUACUGUCAAUGUCAUCCCUAAUUUUAAUGAAUUGUAAAAAAAAAUUAAAUGGUGGAGUGAGUGAGAGGGGAAUAUUUAAGUGCAUGUCUUGGAGCUUUUUAGAUGUUUGUGUGUUGUGUUUUUGUGAGAGCUUGCGUGUGUGUGUGUGUAUCAUAUAAACCCUCCUUUAACUAUGUACUCGUCUCUCUACAGGCUCGGUGAACUCUGGGUUUAUGAAGACACUUCAGGAUACACCUGGGACAUAGCCUUUCAGUUCCACAAACAUCUACAGUCCACAAUACCAUCUGUUUAUUGACCUUUAGGGCCACCGUAGUUUCCCCCUUAGGGCCACCGUAGUUUACUUCAAACCUACAAGAAGAAAAUAAACAAAGACACUAUUAUUAAUAAAGAAUUUAGUUUGAGUCAAAUCGAGUUAUAUGGAGUUAUAACCUGAAUCGUCACUGGAACAUGUAAUAUCAAAGGAGAUAAUAAAUCAUUAGUGAUUGCAGUAACCUCAUGAUAGACCUAUCCUUGACCUGUAGACUUUGAGAGCUUGUAGUACUGUUGCUGUAUCUGUGCUGUUGUUUCCUUAACCCAAUCCCACUGUGCUGGAAGUGCUGGUGUGCUUCUUCACCUUGUGGUCAGUGGUGGGACUGACAGGCUUCCAUACAUACCUGAUCUCCCUCAACCAGACCACCAAUGAGGAUGUGAGUAUCUCUAUUCUCUACCAUUCUCUAUAGUAUGUCUCAAUAGUUUAAACUAGCUUUCUCUAUCUAUCAGUGGUGAUUAAAGAAUGGAGAUAUGGAAAGGAAGGAAGGACAUUUUAGGUUAUUGACACACAGCCGGUCGUCUUGAAAAUGUCAGACCUAGGGCAACAGCACUAGGUCAGGGAAUCAUGAUGUAUUAUCAUGGUAACUUUGAAAAGGAAAAAAAAAUAAACUCAGGGGAGGGUCCUUUUCAGACAGACAACUCUCGCAACAAUUCACGAGUUUGGGUAGAUGGGGCUUAAAAUGCGGGCAGGAAUUGUGCUCAUGAAAAACUCUUACCAUAGCCUGUAGGCAGACAUGCCAGAACGUCGCGAUAUAAAACCAAAGUUUGCAGGCAAUACUUUGCAGUGGUUUUAGUGAAGGUAGUUGAUACAAACUAACCACUUGCGAAAUGCACUCAAUAUCUUUCUAGCUACUAUUUUGUGUCCGUGGGAUGUUUACGCUAGGGCAACAAGUGGAUAAGGCAAAGACGUAAGAAAGCCGGAUGUCUCAUCUCCGCACUUUCCUCUCUGCCAAACUGACGUUGUCUAAGUACAGACGCGUAUGCUGGAACAUUGAUGCAUUGUGGGAGGAAAGCCGUCUCUCUAGAGACACUACACAGCCGGAGACUCGAGUAAGAAGUUUUUACAUGACCACAGAUCUAGGUUCAGAUUAACGCUUCCCCGAAUCCUAACUUUAACCAUAAGGGGCUGCAAUAAGAUCGGACCCUGUGUCAGUUGUUAGGAUCUUCUUCACUCCAGGGUUCUGUUUAUGCUAAAAGGGGAGUGCUAACAUGGCGGGGCUUCAUGUGGCUGGAAAGAUAAAGACACUCUUAGGGUGGGUGGUGUAAACACUCCAGUUCUACCACCUGUCACCUUGGCAACCACACACCCUUUUUGUUCUUUGGAGCCUUAGUUGGAACUUAAAGGCUGGAGUUCAAUCAAAUUUGUCAUGGUAAUAUUUACUUUAUAUGACCAUUGAGUAUAAACGGCAAUGCAGGAGUGAUUGAAGUAUGAUUAAUAACUACAUGGCAGUCUUAGACACUCAAAUCCAUGGGUAUUACAUAAACAAUAAAACAUUAACAGGUAAAAAACAUAAAAGCCUAUUGAAUAGUGAGGCAUUUGACAAGUUUGUCAGUGCCGCCACCGACACCCCUUGCUCUCACUCCCAGCUGACUUUGUGUUGGUGUGGCCAGAGGAUUUUGCUCUGCAGUAGUGUCUUGUGUAUGCAGCUACAGUGCCUUCAGAAAGUUUUCAGACCCCUUGACAUUUUCCACAUUUUGUUACGUUAUACAGCCUUAUUCUAAAAUAGAUAAAAAAAUGUUUUUAAGUAUUCAGACCCUUUGCUAUGAGACUCAAUUGAGCUCAGGUGCAUCCUGUUUCCAUUGAUUCUCCUUGAUGUUUCUACAACUUGAUUGGAGUCCACCUGUGUUAAAUUAAAUUGAUUGGAGAUGAUUUGGAAAGGCACACACCUGUCUAUAUAAGGUCCUACAGUUGACAGUGCAUGUCAGAGCAAAAACCAAGCCAUGAGGUUGAAGGAAUUGUCCGUAGAGCUCUGAGACAGGAUUGUGUCAAGGCACAGAUCUGGUGAAGGGUACCAAAACAUUUCUGCAGCAUUGAAGGUCUCCGAGAAUACAGUGGCCUCCAUCAUUCUUAAAUGGAAGAAGUUUGGAGCCACCAAGACUCUUUCUAGAGGUGGCCGCCCAGCCAAACUGAGCAAUCGUGGGAGAAGGGCCUUGGUCAGGGAGGUGACCAAGAAACCGAUCGUCACUCUGACAGAGCUCCAGAGUUCCUCUGUGGAGAUGGGAGAACCUUCCAGAAGGACAACCAUCUCUGCAGCACUCCACCAAUCAGGCCUUUAUGGUAGAGUGGCCAGACGGAAGCCACUCUUCAGUAAAAGGCACAUGAAAGCCCGCUUGGAGUUUGCCAAAAGGCACCUAAAGACUCUGACCAUGAGAAACAAGAUUCUCUGGUCUGAUGAAACCAAGAUUGAACUCUUUGGUCUGAAUGCCAAGUGUCACGUCUGGAGAAAACCUGGCACCAUCCCUACGGUGAAGCAUGGUGGUGGCAGCAUCAUGCUGUGGGAUGUUUGUCAGUGGCAGGGACUGGGAGACUAGUCAGGAUCGAGGCAAAGAUGAACGGAGCAAAGUACAGAGAGAUCCUUGAUGAAAACCUGCUCAGGACCUCAGGACAACGACCCUAAGCACACAGCCAAGACAACGCAGGAGUGGGGCAAUUCUCUGAAUAUCCUUGAGUGGCCCAGCCAGAGCCCGGACUUGAAUCCAAUCGAACAUCUCUGGAGAGACCUGAAAAUAGCUGUGCAGCAACACUCCCCAUCCAACCUGACAGAGCUUGAGAGGAUCUGCAGAGAAGAAUGGGAGAAACUCCCCAAAUACAGGUUUGCCAAGCUUGUAGCGUCAUACCCAAGAAGACUUGAGGCUGUAAUCGCUGCCAAAGGUGCUUCAACAAAGUACUGAGUAAAGGGUCUGAAUACUUAUGUGAAUGUGAUAAUACAGUUUUUAUUUUUAAUACAUAUGCAAAAAUGUCAAAACCUGUUUUUGCUUUGUCAUUAUGGGGUAUUGUGUAUAGAUUGAUUGGGGAGGGGGGAACAAUUUAAUCAAUUUUAGAAUAAGGCUGUAACCUAACAAAAUGUGGAGAAGUCGAGGGGUCUGAAUACUUUCCAAAGGCACUGUCUAUAUCUUUAUCUGAGAGACUCCCAGAUCUGAAUGCUGGCAAGAUGGCAGCAGUAGUAGCUGUUGAAAGCUGCAGAGCUCUCUCUCUACUUUACUUUAAUGUUUAAUGUAUUAUUCCUUUCCUUUCUCCUCCUACGGGCUGCCAGCCCUCUUUCUACUGGUAAUGAGCAGUGUGAGAAAAAUGACCCACUGUCGCUUUGGUAGCAACACGGCACCGUGGCUGUCAUCAGGAUAAUAAUAUACAUAUCAAUACCUGCAGGGGCUUGGCCUGCAGCCAAGCGUACCUACGUAUGUACGUAUGUGUGUGCGUGCGGUGAGGGGGUCACCUUCAGAACCAUGGCUGAGCUGGUCUCUAUAGGGAUAACACAUGUUCCUUCCUUUGUCUCACUUAGCUAACGUGCUCACAUAAAACACUGGGACAUUUGAAUGUUAAGAACAAGUCAUUUGAUAUAUCAUAGCCCUAGACAGGUGUCCCCCCCAAAUGGCACCCUAUUCCCUAUAUAGUGCACUACUUUUGACCAGGACCCAUAGGGCUAGUGCACUAUAUAGGGAAUAGGGUGCCAUUUGGGACAUAUCCUUAGAAAGGCUAUGCAGUUUGUCCCAGGGCUGGCCCUUGAUCUAACCUCCUGAAGGAGCGGUCUAGUCUGAACACCCCCAAGGAUUUCUGUGUCCAUUACAUUCACCAGCAGGUAGGGUUGCAAAGGGAGGGGAUAUUACUGGAAACAUUCAAAGUUCACCAGUAAACUACCAACAUUUUUCACAGUAUUAUAUUUUAUCAGAUGACAUCUAAUGGCCUUUUUGGGGUAAUGUCAAAUAUAUAAAAUAAUCUAAUAAGAUUAUAUAAAAAAUUUAAAAAAUAGUUCCAAAGAUGUAAAACAUUAUCCUAAAUAUAAACCAUCAACUAGGUGAAUACCAUUGGUGAUUAAUAUGAGGGUUUCAGCAUGAAAUAGUUUUUCACACACUUACUUAUUUUACUAUGUCAAUGUGUCUGUUGUAAACGUUUUGGCGUCAAACUGGUGGCAGUUGUGAAAAAAGUAAAUAGUUGCAGAGUUAAUUGAAAAAAAUGCCAUGCUUUUUUUCAUUAAUUGGGCAAUUUUCUCUUCAACCAUAUGGUCUAUCAACGAGAAACCCAUCGACAAUAUGAUAUAAUAAAUGAAUACUAUAUAUAAUACAUUCUUACAGUUAUUCAAGUAUAAAUUACCAAAGUUACAAUAGAUUACCUGUUAAUUACCUAAAUUACUGAAGAAUCAGGGAACUUUAAGUUACCAUUAGCUUUACAACCCUACCAGCUUGAUACUUCAUGCAAUGAUAACUCUUUGUGUGAAUAAUUAUUCCUAGUUUGGAGAAGUACAUCCUAGCAUCACACUCCCGUUAUCUCAGAAUUAAAGAUUUAGAUCAUUUUAAUGACGAUAUCCCUGCAUACAUAUAUAUUAACAUACCUAGCGUAUACUUGAACCAGGAAUCCCUCACAAGAUCUAUUUUGUUGGUCAGGUUUAACCCUGUGUGAUUACAGUAAGUACAGGGACAUUAUUUUAGCAGGUGGAGGUAAUAUACUGAAUAUGCCCUAUUUGUUGAGAUGGUAACCAGACAGGCAGUGUCAGGACUGUAUCUGUAAGGGCGUUGUUUGCAUCUGGCUGAAGCAGGGUUGGGCUAGAUUCCGUUCCAAUUCAGUCGAUUCCAGAACUGAAAUUCCAAUCCCGAUUUCCUCAUUUAAAAACAAAGAAUUGGACUUGGAAUUCAGUUGACUUACAAAAUUGACUGAAUUGAAAUGGAAUAGACCCUGGGUGGAAUAGAUGACACAAAAAAUGUGGUGUUUGCUAUAUGUGUUCCUACUGUCUUUUUUUACGGGGGAGUGUAUUUUGUGUUACACAGAUCAAAGGCUCGUGGUCUGGAAAGAACCGGGUGCAGAACCCCUACAGCCACAAGAACAUCAUCAAUAACUGCUGUGAAGUGCUGUGUGGGCCUGCAUACCCCAGGUACUGUAGGACCAUUAGUGCUGUGUGGGCCUGCAUACCCCAGGUACCUUGCUGUAGGACCACUAGCUGCCUUGUCUCUGCUCAGAGGAUACGCUAGUAUGGAAAAUAUUUUGCUGCUGGGUUAUUCACUAUUUUACCCUCUCUUCUCAUGGUCUCUCUUUCUCUCUCUUGCUAACUUGUCUCUGUAAUAUUCAUCUUCUCUGUAGCCACCCUCCUCUGUCGUCUUCCUUCCCCUUCCGACCCUCACCCAUCCCUCCCUCGUCUCUCUCUUAGUCUCUUUUUAUUCCUCUCACACUGUAGCCGCUCUUCAUCCUCCUCCCUCCCUCCCUUGCCUCUAUUUCAUUCACUCUCUCCAUCUCUCUCUUUCUCUCUCCCUCUACUUUCUGUUUCGGUAAUGAAUAGGGUGUUGUUGAUGACUGAUUGUCUGUCUUCCCUUGGCAGUGUCUUGGACAGAAGAGGGCUGAUGCAGGAUGAUUUGCCUGUUCCCACAUCUGCUGCCGAGCCUGCCACCAACAGCAAUCCAGUGCCACAGACCACAGUAAGUGCGCACACACACACACACUAAUUUACUUUGUCUGGCACUAAAAUCGCUCCAGCUUGCCAGACACAAAGCAUAAUACAGUGUGUGUGCAUAAAAUAUAGCCUAAAUCAAUUACAUAGAGAGAGGGAGGAGAGGAGAGCAAAUGAGCUGUACAGGGAGAACAAUGUACUGUAGAGCAGAAAAUGUUUUCCUUUUUUAUAGAGAGAUAAUUUUAAAGCACUCAGCAGCUCACUGUUCUGUAGCCAUUUUGUGCCUCUGUUUGUACAGAUGCCAUUUUGUACCUUGCAAUGUCUGCAGUUGCCAUUCUGUGCCUAUGUAUAGCUUAUAUACUGUUGCACCUCACUAUGUGUCGGUAUAUUUCUACUGGUGCAAUGUCUUGCCUUUUCAGCUAUCAAUAGUUUCUGGUCUUUUGGUUACUAUUAGAAUCUACUUAUUGUGCCAUGUUCCCUCUGCAGAAAACUACAGCUCCACUCAUCCCCAACGAGCACACCCCUGACGACGCCAAGCCCAGCAUGGCAGACUCUGCCAUCGCCCACGCAGAGAAAAGAAGCCCCUCCCCGAGGGAGGAGAAGACGCCCACUCUACCCAAAUCCCUGCCCACUCCCACGAAAGUCCCGCCCUUGGCCUCACCUGAAACUGACGCGGAGGCCUCCAUCAUUAUCGCCAAGGAGAAGGCACUCUAGCUGCGUGGUGGGGGUGGAGACUCCUUCCUUGCCCCUCCCACAGUCACAACAUUUCUCUAAAACGCUCUGUCUGGACCUGUGAGGGAGACACUUUAAUCAGCUUUUGUAUGAGCUAUAUGAGUGAGAAGCAUCUGCCUGUAAUGAGUGGAGAAUGACUGCAAGGCUCUGACUCCCUGCUCAUUCCACCAGAUAUGCAGAGUUGGUGCCCCCACCAAAGCCUGCAUCCCCCCUAACUCAAUGACUGCGGGACUGCUUGAUUGACAUUCACACUCCAGAAGGAUGGGGGGUUGGGGAUUGGGGGAUGGUGGCUCAGCACCUUUCUCGUUCCCCUGAACAUUGCAUGGAAAAACACAGGUGAUGGGGAAACUAAGAACUGUGAGCCCACUGGAUGCAGAUUACCGUAUAUCCUGAGUAGUGUGAGGCUGAGGGGGUCCUAAAAUGGAUACCGUACCCAGGCGCCUCUGGAUCGUGGCUACCUGUGGACUCUUGAUUGUUAAUGCUACUGUUUCUCUGUCUUUUUGUUUUUUAAUGUGAAAAGCCAGUUCUAAAAUACUCUUAGCGUUGCAAAAUGUCUGACAAAGACACUUGUGUUGUAAAGCCUCUUAACACAUCCACACUAUUAGUCUGUUCUCAGAACCACACCGAUCAGGCCCCUAUGCAAUCCAUGGGAAGCUGGGCAAUUGGCACAACAGCUAUUAGGAUGAUGAGGAUAUAAGGACUGACAGCUAGUUUAGGGUGUGUUGAACAGUAAAACAUGGUGGAGAAAGGAAACACUAACCAUCGUUUAUGGUUGAGAUAAAGAGGCAAUAUCUCAGAGCCACCAUGUUGUCUCUCUUCCAGUAAGUGAUCCUAAUGAACAUCUCUAGAAAUGUUGAGAUUAAGGUUCUGCCUCGGCUACUACCCUUCCAUUUUAUACUGUCACACAGACACACACACCAGAGUUGGGGCCGUCAUUAUAAAUUCAGUCAAUUCAGAGGGUAAACUGAAAUUCCUCAGACAAAAGGUCAAAUGAUCUUCUGGCAGACCGUUUCCAGGGGUACCCUCACAGAGUUCCUGUAUCUAGCAUUAGAAGCAGACACUUUGCCAGUGUCCCAGAGGGCGUGUGUCAGUGUGUGUGUGUGUUUAUGUGUGUGUGUGU